AUGUACGGCCAUAGCCGGUGCGUCCAAUACGGUGGCUUCCUCGGAUCUGAUCAAGUCCUGCCAUUUCAUUUGCCACCUUCUCUUAGGCAUUUAGGGCGGAUGGUGCGCGCGGUGUGUGCCAGAAAGCAGCAACGCUCUGCAACCUCUGAUAUAAACAAGCCGCGUGCAGCGGGGGGUGGUCCUGUACAUGUGCUAGCGGGACUGAUGGCAUUUGGCCGAGGCGCGAAGAUGGACGGCAGGCGGCCCUCGUCGCCGUCCUCGUCGAUGUGCACGACGACCACCGUCGUCGUGUUUGUGGCGCUCUGCAUGGUCGGCGCCUGGAUGAUGACGUCCUCCACCGUCUUCCCGGUAGAGCCUACUUCAAACAAGAAGUCGGAGCCGAUAGAGGUGUCAACAUCGAAUAAGAAGACCGAGGUCAAGGAUCAGCGCGCAGAAGUUGGCUUUGGUGAAACCGACGAGGCGGCGAAAUCCGGCAGUGUUAGCUCGGAAAAAUUCGAGGACACUGACAAUAAUGACAAUGUUCCAGAUGAGUCGCAUAGUAACAGGGAUGCUCCUGAGGAAGAGAAGUUCCCUGAGAACGCAAUGGAGAAGCCUGUCGAGAUGGCUGAAGAAAAGGAACCACCAAAGGAGAAGGAGGACAGUAAGGAUUCGUUCGAUGAUGCAAAUGGAAAAUCAGAAGGACAGAGUGCUAAGGAGGGUGGGGAGUCUGGUGAUGAGGAGGAGAAGAGCGAGGAGAGGAAAGAUAAGGAGACCACCACUGACAAUGAUGUUGAAAAAUCCGAUGCAGAGAAGAAGGAAGAUCAAGAAGGAAAGUCUGAGGAUGAUGCAACUGAGCAGCCUCAAAUCGAGGAGAAAGUGGAAGAAAGUGGAGAGAAGGAACCAGCUGCAAAAGCUAAUGAGGUUGCAGAGUCAAAGAAUGAGAAGGAAGCUCAAGCAGCAUCAAAAUCUUCAGGUGAUGAAAUCACCUAUAGCUGGAAAUUAUGUAAUAGCAGUGCCGUGACAGAUUACAUACCUUGCCUUGACAAUGAGAAGGCUAUCAAGAAACUUCAUUCUACCAAGCAUUAUGAACACCGUGAGAGGCAUUGCCCUGCGGAGCCUCCGACCUGCCUUGUUCCACUUCCGGAAGGAUAUAAGCGCCCCAUCGAGUGGCCCAAGAGCAGGGACAAGGUAUGGUACAGCAACGUCCCUCACACCAAGCUUGCAGAGUACAAGGGUCAUCAGAACUGGGUUAAAGUUUCUGGGGAUCAUCUUCUGUUUCCUGGGGGCGGGACUCAGUUCAAGAAUGGCGCACUCCACUACAUCGAUACUAUUCAGCAGGCUUUACCUGAUAUUGCAUGGGGUAAACGAAGCCGUGUGAUUCUAGAUGUUGGUUGUGGAGUUGCUAGCUUUGGUGGCUACAUGUUUGAUAGAGAUGUGCUUACCAUGUCAUUUGCUCCAAAAGACGAGCAUGAAGCUCAAGUACAGUUUGCGCUCGAGAGGGGAAUUCCAGCAAUAUCAGCUGUAAUGGGCACCAAGAGACUUCCAUAUCCUAGCAGGGUUUUUGAUGUCAUUCACUGUGCUCGCUGCAGGGUCCCUUGGCACAUUGAAGGUGGCAAGCUUUUGCUGGAAUUGAACCGACUAUUACGUCCUGGUGGUUACUUCGUCUGGUCUGCCACUCCUGUUUACCAAAAGCUCCCUGAAGAUGUUGAAAUUUGGAAUGGUGAACCAGAUCUAACACUCAGUGCCAUACUUUUUUCAGCCAUGUCUUCUCUGACAAAGUCCAUGUGCUGGAAAAUGGUUAAGAAAACAAAGGAUACAUUAAAUCAAGUUGGUAUGGCCAUAUAUCAGAAGCCAAUGGACAACAAUUGCUACGAGAAAAGAUCAGAAGACAGCCCACCGCUAUGCAAGGAAACUGACGAUGCAGAUGCUGCAUGGAAUGUACCUUUGCAAGCGUGCAUACCCAAAUUGCCGAUUGGUCCAUCAGUAAGAGGAUCAAAAUGGCCAGAGAUGUGGCCUCAAAGGCUUGAGAAGACUCCCUUCUGGAUUGAUGGUUCUCGUGUUGGAGUUUAUGGAAAACCAGCAAAUGAAGACUUCGAGGCAGACUAUGCACACUGGAAACGUGUUGUAAGUAAGUCGUAUGUGAAUGGCAUGGGAAUUGACUGGUCUAAAGUGAGAAAUGUCAUGGACAUGAGAGCCGUAUACGGAGGUUUUGCUGCAGCACUGAGGGACCAAAAAGUCUGGGUUAUGAAUAUCGUGCCAAUCGAUUCGCCUGACACACUGCCCAUUGUUUAUGAGCGUGGCUUGUUUGGAAUGUAUCAUGACUGGUGCGAAUCUUUCAGCACUUACCCAAGAACAUAUGACCUCCUACAUGCAGACCAUCUCUUCUCAAAGCUCAAAAAGAGAUGUAAAUUGCUGGGAGUGUUUGCCGAGGUUGACCGGAUAUUGAGGCCAGAAGGCAAACUGAUCGUGAGGGACGACGCAGAGACAAUAAGCGAGCUCGAAAGCAUGGCGAAGUCCCUGCAGUGGGAGGUGCGCAUGACCUACGCCAGGGGCAAGGAAGGGCUGCUCUGCGUCCAAAAGACCACGUGGCGGCCCAAGGAGAUCGAAGCAAGCAUGUAG